AUGAGUGGUGAACAAGCAUCUGAUUCAACAUUUACUAUACAACAGGAACUUAAAUUGGAGUACAACCAAGUUAUGGACAUUUUAAUUUCACAAAUAUCUUGGCGUUUUGAAGCAUUGUCGAACAUUGCUAACGAUUUUGAAUUUCUUUCUGGGUUCCAUCUUAAUACGUUGUCGAUUGAAGAUCUUAAAAAACACGCUGCUGUUCUAGUUUUAAAAUAUAGUUCAGACCUGAAUAGUGAAUUACUGAAUGAAAUUGAAUGUUUUAAGUAUCAAGGAGAAGCGAUUAUACCUAAUUUAAAAAUGGCAACUUAUUUAGACAUAUUAAAUGGCAUAAAAACAUAUGAACUAAGCUCAGUGUAUCCAAAUUUAGUUAUCGCUUACAGACUAUUACUUACUUUUCCUGUAACUGUUGCAUCUGGGGAAAGAUCAUUCAGUAAACUUAAAUUAAUCAAAACAUAUCUCCGUUCAACCAUGACUCAAGAAAGAUUAUCGAAUCUUGCUAUACUGUCAAUAGAAAAUAAAAUAACACAAACUAUCAAUUUUGAUGAUGUUAUUGAAAAUUUUGCAUCGAUCAAAUCUCGAAAAAUAAGUUUAUGA